CCGGAAGUAGUAAGAUUAUACAUGGAUAGCAGGGAACCUGGAAUGCCAAUCUCCAAGUAACAUUCUAACUGAUCAAUGAAGUCUUUGAUCAGCAAUGGCUGUUGUGUCGUGGAAGGAGAUCUUGCUUUUGACUGGACUGGUGGUGGGUUGUUACUGGAACAGCCUGUCCUGUGGCUUUGUGUUUGACGAUGUCUCAGCCAUCCUCGACAACAAGGAUCUGCGCCCCUCUACCCCUCUCUGCAACCUUUUCCUCAAUGACUUUUGGGGGACUCCCAUGGCUGAGGAGAGGAGCCAUAAAUCGUACAGACCCCUGACGGUACUCACUUUCCGGCUGAACUACAUCUUCAGUGAGCUGAGGGCCUCGUCCUACCACCUACUCAAUGUUGUUCUGCACGCCGUGGUGUGUGUGCUGUUCCUGCGUGUCUGCCGCCUUUUCCUGGAUAUGACCUCCAGCCUGGUGGCGGCGCUGCUGUUUGCAGUGCACCCCAUCCACACUGAGGCGAUUACAGGCGUGGUCGGCAGGGCAGAGCUUCUGUCUUCAAUCUUCUUGUUGGCUGCUUUCUUGGCCUACACCAGGUCCAAAGGUGCAGACCAUUCAAUUGUUUGGACCCCUAUUGCUCUGACUGUGGUCCUGGUGGCUGCAGCCACACUUUGUAAAGAGCAGGGUAUCACUGUUAUUGGCAUCUGCUGUGUCCACGAGGUGUUUGUUGCACAAGGGUUCACUCUGCCCAUACUUGUAGACACUCUACUACAGGUACUUCGGGGGAAAGAUGGUUUCCCCUAUGCAGUCCUGCAGACACUCCUCAAGCUUAUCAUUCUCAUUAUCAGCACUUUACUGUUGGUUAUCAUCCGUGUCCAGGUCAUCCAAUCACAGCUCCCUGUUUUUACCAGGUUUGAUAACCCUGCAGCCGUCAGUCCAGCGCCUACCAGGCAGCUAACCUUCAACUACUUGCUGCCCGUCAAUGCAUGGUUGUUGCUCAAUCCCUCUGAGCUCUGCUGUGACUGGACCAUGGGCACCAUCCCACUGGUGGAGUCACCCCUGGACCUGCGUAACUUGGCCACCCUGGCGUUCUACAGCCUCCUGGGUGUGCUGGCCUACCACAGCCUGCGUCACAGCCACAGCUCCUCCAAGACGGUCAUCAUGGCCCUUUCUUUGAUUGUGCUUCCUUUCAUCCCUGCAUCCAACCUCUUCUUCCCUGUGGGAUUUGUGGUGGCAGAGAGGGUACUGUAUGUUCCCAGCAUGGGAUUCUGUGUGCUUGUGGCACAUGGAUUUAGGAUUGUCUCCAAUAAAGGAUACAUGAAGAGGUUUUCGUGGUUGAUGAUAGGCGUGCUUCUCGCAACGCAUGCGGUCAAAACAUUCAACAGAAACUGGGACUGGGAGACUGAGUACACGCUGUUUACAUCAGCACUCAAAGUCAACAAGAAUAAUGCCAAGUUAUGGAACAAUGUUGGCCAUGCUCUGGAGAAUCAAAACAGUUAUGAAAAAGCCUUGAGAUAUUUCCUUCAGGCUACUCGGGUCCAGCCAGAUGACAUUGGGGCACAUAUGAAUGUAGGAAGGACAUACAAGAACCUAAACAAAUCAAAAGAGGCUGAAGACGCCUAUCUUGUUGCCAAAUCCCUCAUGCCACAGAUUAUUCCAGGAAAGAAGUAUGCCACACGGGUUGCGCCCAACCACCUGAACGUAUACAUCAACCUGGCCAAUCUGAUCCGGACUAAUGACUCACGCCUGGAAGAGGCUGACCAACUCUAUCGACAGGCCAUCAGCAUGAGGCCUGACUUUAAACAAGCCUACAUCAGCAGAGGGGAGUUGCUUCUGAAGAUGAACAAGCCUACGGAGGCGAGGGAGGCCUACCUCAGAGCCCUGGAGCUGGACCGCACUAACGCCGACCUGUGGUACAACUUGGCUAUCGUCAACAUUGAGAUGAAGGAACCAUCGGAGGCACUGAAGAACUUCAACCACGCGCUAGAGCUUAACUCUCGUCACAAGCUGGCCCUAUUCAACUCUGCCUUGCUCAUGCAAGAGUCUGGUGAGCCCAGGCUGCGUCCGGAGGCCAACCGACGUUUCCUCAUGUACGUGGAAGAGGAACCCGACGACGCCAACGGCUACUUCAACCUGGGCAUGCUCGCCAUGGACGCCAACGAGAACGCGGCGGCCGAGCGCUGGAUGCGCAAGGCCAUACGGCUGCAAACGGGAUUCCGCAGCGCGCUCUUCAACCUGGCGCUGCUGUACUCGCAGGCCAAGCGGGAGCUGGAGGCGCUGCCUGUGCUCGACGAGCUACUGCGUCACCACCCGGAGCACGUCAAAGGCCUGAUCCUCAAGGGAGACAUCCUGAUGAACCACAAGAAAGACACCGGGGGCGCCAAGGCGUGCUUCGAGCACAUCCUGCGCAUGGACCCCACCAAUGUUCAAGGCAAGCACAAUCUGUGCGUGGUCUUCUUCGAGGAGCGCGACCUGGCCCGCGCCGAGCGCUGCCUGGAGGAGACUCUCGCCAUGGCGCCUCACGAGGAGUAUGUGCGCCGCCACCUGAGCAUCGUGCGCAACAAGAUGGCGGCUCUGAGCGCAGCGGGGCAUCCACUCAGCCCCGCAGAGGGCGCCACCGUACCAGCAAAGGAAGAGCUGGAGGCCCGACAAAAGGUGGAGCAGGAAGGGGACAAGGAAGGGAGGGGAACCACUGACGCUAGGGAGGGGGCCGUGAAUGAGAAGAAUGUACGGAAAUCCGCUUCUGUGGGGACCCUCAGAGAUGCAGGAGAGGAUAAAUCAGAACACCUGGAGGGCAGCCAGGGAGACAAGCGGACUAAGAGUAAAUCCACAAAGGAGAUUAAGGACAUAGAAAAGAAAAGGGCGGCAGCCCUAAAGAGACUGGAAGAGAUUGAGCGCAUAUUGAGCGGUGAUUAACCCCAUUUAACCUGAGACUGCUUUUUUUAUAGAGCUAUUCACAGCUCCAGAAUGAGAUUUAGUUGUCAAGAACAAACCCCAUUUCAUGCAUGCUUUUUAUUCUUUUGUUUUUGUUUUGCUGAUGUGUGAAUAGAUUGAUGCCAUACUAACAAACAGUUUGAACUCUAAUCACCAAAAUUAAAGGGAAAUUUGUUUUGGAAACUGGUUUGUUUACUCUAAGCCGCUUAAGGGGUGAACCACGAGUAAUCUAUUUAAUGCUUAUAAUAUCACAGUCAAGGAUGCAAAGAUGCGAGUGCUGAAUGUUUGCAUUUGUAGUUAUUUAUACUUAUGGCAGAUGGAUGCCCUUCUUGUGUAUCACUGGAUUUAUUAUAAUUUUCCAAAUGUGCUUUAUUAGUUUUCUUCUGUGUGUGUGUUUGUUUUUAUUGAAUGAUUGUAUUCCAAACAAUUAAAGGAAAUGACGUUUACUCUAGCCCCACUUCAGACAGGAUGGUCUGUGUUACGUACGUGCAUGAAAAUAACUUGCACCACCUCACUGAAGUUGUUGCUCUGUCACAUUACAGCAGGCUCCUAGACCCUCAGUGUGAACGCCGAGCUUCUGUUUUCUAUUUCUACUGCCUGAUGUCAUCUGCGUUUCCUCCUCUCUCUGUGGUGUGGGUGCACAGACUCCUCGUUUGAUUAAGAUAACUUACACCUCAUCCGUCAAAGCCCCAUACAUCCAACCAUGCCCCCAGCACACCGGCAGUGCUUUUCCUCAGACGUGCGUUUCUUCUGGCUCACUGCUGAUGGCACGUUGGUCUCAGCAUUUCAGUUCUAGUCUGUGCCUGUUCUGUAUGGGGACUGUGACACAUGCAAAACCCACUCUCUACUCCCAUUGCACCCCCCACCCUACCACCAUGUCCCUCCCCCAGGCUGUGUCAUGGGGUUCAUCUCAUCUACCAAGGCUCCUUCUGCUCACUGGCUGAUUUCACAGCACAGUUGCACUGAAGAUACUUCCUCUUCUCAGCUUGUUGAGCUUCCACGCACUUGGAUUUUUAAGAUGCACAGAAAACACCCAGCUAACACACACACACACACACACAGAGAAUGUAGACAGAUACUCCAAAAAAAGUGUACUCUUUAUUUAAAUAUUUCUUUCUUGGGAACACUGUUUUUUCCUGACAUUGUUACAAACCUCACACCGAUUCAUUUGUUCUCUUUCAAUGUCUGUAGCAGGGUUUGUUACACAAUAAUCACUGAGGCGAAUGCGCUAGCAAUUGUCUGUCUGUUUUGCCAGUCUGUUAAUGCUACACUGCAGUGUCAUAUUAUUCCACUUUCAUUUUUAUGUAGUGAACCUAAGUUGUGAGCAGUUAACUGUCCAUAAUUACUAUGAUGGAAACUAAACAGUUUGACAAGUACUACAGUGUUGUUUGUUUUUUUUUCUUCUGUCCACUUCUUAAAUAAGCAGACAAAAGAAUGUGUAUCAUGUUGGUGGGGAGUUUUUGUAUAGAUGCUUAUGUUUGUUAAUUAUUUAUUAUUUUUACAUGCACUGUGAUCUCUUCAUAUUGUAAUUGCUUCUGACUUACCAUAAAUUGUUUGCCACUUGGCAUGUUCUUGAAAACUGUUGGUACCAUUCCCCCCCCCCCCCCCCCCCCCUGCUAUCUAUAAUUACCAAGCUGCCGUUGUUGACAAGCAUUGUGCAUAUCCAUACCUGUAGUAACAUUUUAAACACCAUAUCUAUCACUUGACCUAUCUAUGAUUACUCUGUUUUUAUCUAUGUUGAUUUGAUGAAGAGGAUGAUUUAUUUUACAAUAUUGCAUUUUUUGUAAUCGUAGCCACAAGUUUGGCUCGCAAAGGGGUGGUGGUUAGGUGAAAUGAUAUCAAAUAAAGGUGGUUGACAAAUAAAAUCA